UUGGAUGAGGCUCACCACUGCAGCGGGCACCACCCGUACAACAAGAUUAUGGAGUACUACAAAACAACACCAAACCGGUUUAAACCUGUUGUGCUCGGUUUAUCAGCCUCGCCGGCCGGAGAGCUUGAAGUCGAAAAAACCAGAGAGAAGCUAAAAAAGCUCCUUGAGAACUUGGAUUGUAAAAUCGCGAUGCCCAUUGAGUCGGAUUUGUUGUUACAUGUGAAUAUCCCAAACGUGAUUUAUGAAACAUCUGACUGCAAGAACACUGAACAAGUUAUUCUCCAGCUAUGUACUGAAGAUCACAUCGAACAUCUGAUAAAGAGCCAUCUCAAAGAUGUACCAGAUCGUCAACGUUUUGAGUUUCCCGUCUUCUCAUCGAAUUUUAGAGGUGCGCUGAGAAAGCUUAUUGAUAGUUACCAUAGUAACAAGAAAUGCUUUAAAGCGCUGACCGUUGCUGAGCAUGCAAUGCACUUGCUCAGUGUUGUUGAGUUUUGCGAAGUUCUCGGUAACCAGUAUGCCGUUGAAAGUCUUAAAGAAUGUGUACACCGCAUUGUUUACGCUAAGUCGUGUCUCAAGGAACAGAACAUGGAAGAAGCUAUCAGAUGUUUGAUGGAUGGCCCGAGGUGCCAAUCACAAGCAGAUGAAUUUGGAUGCGAAGUAAGAAAACCAAAGCUCUUCCUGCCGCAGAUCUAACGAGCCAUUUCAUUGGUUGAAAGCAAAUUCCUUGUGCUUGGGUACUUUUGUGAGUCGAUGCCAUUUUCAGUGUGAGUGGCCUCUGCAGACCACACUAAUUUCCACAAUGGUGAAAAUGCCGUAAGCCAGUGCUUUACCUAUUGUGUUACAAUACCAUUUAAUGAACUUGUCCAGUUGAGGCGCUUGUUGACCACAGUCGAGAAAAGAUUCCACAAAAGAGCAUUUUACAGCCGAGUGAAGGAGAGCUAUGGGAAAUUACCAGAUGUAAACAUUCCCGAUAGUUUGCCAUUUGACGUUAAGUAUGCCGCUGGAAGUGUCCUCAGUUGUCAUCCUUUGGUUCGCGGAAGAGUGCCAUCUGGAAAAUUUGGUAGACUUUUGCUUGGAAAGUCUUCCGAUAUAGCUAUUGCCGCUUUGGAAAAAUUGAGUAAAGUGUUGGAAAAAGACAAGUUCUGUGACCCAGGCAGUAUUCUGGAGUCGUUACUGAAACAAAACAACCCAUCGACCUCCGGAAUGUUUAACAGGUUGGUUCCAGGCCAUUGCGCUUUGAUAAAGCGCGCGGUCAUCACCCCAACGAGGCUGCUCUUCUACCCUCCGGAAGUCAUGGUGAAGAAUCGCGUGCUCAGAAAUUAUGAUACAAACGACUUCCUCUGUGUCAGUAUUCGUGACGAAGACCUGUCAAAAAUGUCUGCAGUAAGAGGGAACAUCGACGAUCUAUUAGAUGGAAUGAAACUCAAACUAGAUGAAGGAAUUGAGAUAGCUGGUCAGCGGUUUCAGUUCUUGGGUUCCUCGAACAGUCAGCUUCGUAACCAUAGUUGUUGGUUUGUAGGGCUCUCGUCCUCAGGUCGUUUUCCUCAAUCAUCAGGUCAUCAUGCUUCUAUCCAAUCUAGGAGUCCCGGAUGAAGUCUUUAUCAAAUUGCAGAACGACAUGUUGGACAAACUGUCAGGGAUGCUUGUGAAUGAACGUGAUGCUAUUCAGCUAUUGGGAAGUGGAGCCAAAAUGGGCGUGUCCUAUCACAAUAUUUCUAAUGCAGGGAUACCACUGACAACGGAGCCAUUCUUUAAAUCGCUGCUGGUCGCCAUGUACCGAAAUCAUAUGCACGAACUGCUUGCCCGAGCCCGCAUUCGUUUGCCACCGGCGGAAGCACGCUUGAUGAUGGGUGUGAUGGACGAGCUUGGUGUAUUGAAACCUGGUCAAGUUUUCGUACAGUAUUCCGCCGUUGAAACACGCGCUGAUCGAGAUGACAAAGAUGACGAGUUUAACAAGAACAAAAAAAUUGUGCUAAGGGGACCAGUGGUGGUUACUCGGAAUCCAUGUUUACAUCCGGGAGAUGUACGUCAGCUCGAGGCUGUUGACGUACCAGGCCUCUGUCAUCUUGUGGACUGUGUCGUUUUCCCACGUCAAGGCUCGCGGCCACACCCUAACGAGAUGGCAGGCGGUGAUUUGGACGGCGAUCUAUACUUCGUUUGUUGGAAUAAAGACCUGUUACCAAGGAAACCAAAUUAUCCGCCAAUGGACUAUCCGUCACUUCGUAAACUGGAGAAGACUGAGCCAAUCACUACUCGCGACAUGACAAAGUUUGUGGUGGAUUACAUCCGGUCUGACCAGUUAGGCGUUAUCGAUAAUGCGCACAAGACGGUGGCGGACAUUGAAGAAGACGGCGUGCAACAUAAGGAAUGUCUUUAUCUCGCAGAACUGCACUCUUUGGCGGUUGAUGCACCCAAAACGGGAAAAUGGCCGAGUACUAAGGGUAUUAGGAAGAUAGAAAAGCGUCCUGAUUUCAUGAUGAAGAGCGAUAAACCAAGUUAUCCCUCUGAAAAGGUUAUAGGAAAGCUCUUUCGGCGCUGUCGGAAGUUUAAAGAUGCUACGUCUGAAAAAUACGAUCAAAACCUUCGUUUGAACAAGUCUCUCUUGUUGCCAGGUAACGACAUUUUCGUUGAAAACGCCAAAGAAGUCUAUAAUUGGUAUCGUGACAAGAUGGAGGGCUUGAUGCGGCUGUACGGCAUCGAAACUGAGGCAGAAAUCAUCACUGGCUGUUUCAUGAAGCUUCGGAAUCGCUUGCGCAAAGAAAAAACGGAAAUUGCCGAACUCGUCGGCGAAGAACUGUUCGCAAUACGCUCGUACCUCCGUCGUGAAUUCUUUUAUGAAUUCGGGAGCGAUGGACAGUGGUUAAAAAGCGAUGUGCUGAUUUCGGAUGAGAUGCGUUUAAAAGCCUCGGCUUGGUACAGAGUGGCCUACACGUUUGCACAUGAUCACGGUAAUGGUUCAAACCCAAGCAACGAAAAGAGGCUACUCGGUUUUCCCUGGUUUAUUAAUGACAUCAUGCUCGCCAUCAAAACGCGAAAAGAUCGACCCAGUCAGCCCCAGGCCUUAGACGUUAGCGCAACCGUAGGUCAGAGUCUUGUAAGGUUGUUUCACGAAGAGAAGGACUGGUUACUUGAGGAGUUCAGAGCUCGAAUAAGAGCAAAGAACGUUAUAUGUCGUCAUCUGCAGGCCGCUGAAUCCACUUCUUCAAUGAGUAUCGUCGGCUCUACUGCUACGCUACUAUUUCACAAGACUUCAGAUCUUGAUCUGUUCUUUUUACCUCAGGAUACACAGGCACGAAGCCAUCAUGCCCUCCCUGAGGUACCACCAGAAGAAAGUAACACUUUAGUUGAGGAAGGAGCGAAAGUAUUGAAGUCGUUGAUUCCUUUCUUGAAGGAGGAGACGUCAGAGCAACAAGAAGAAGAAGACGAAAACGUUAAAAAUCUCUUUUGGAAAGUUCGUCUCGUCAACAAAAAGUCUUUCCCUGUCCUCUCAUGCAAGCAGCCAACAGUGAACCUGAUAAAUGGCAGUAAUUGCUCUCCAACCCUUAAUUGCGAUCUGAGUUCAUCCUUAGACUGUCUAAGAAUGGCCGCUUUGCUGUCAAGCUACAUCAAGUCGUAUCCUGAUCUCUUAUUAGUGCUCCGUGCUAUACACCGAUGGUGUUGCGUGACAAGGUUGUCACGCAACGCAGCUGGCGCUGGAAACACUUCAAACUUGCUCUCUGCCCUUCUCUUAGCCCAAUGCAUACACAACAUGCAGAUUAAAAACUUUAAUGAGGAGCACGUUUUAGAAACGAUGGCACGCCAAAUGCACGGUGGCGCAAGGGAUGGUAAGCAGUACAUGGAGUUGGAAAAUGUCAUAGGAUAUCUGGAAGCUUACCAGAUCGAUUCCCAAUUCCCUCAGGUAGAGCCCGACUUCGCCCAAGUUGGCCAGCUUCUGGUGACCUUUUUUCAAUCACACGACUCGUGUUUUGAAAAAGAGCUCCCGCAAUCGCUCGCACGUCUUUUCGGUGUACGAAAGCUCUCAAAGCUUCUGGGGAAAGAUCAUUUAGUCCUUGUGAGAGAACAAAUGCAACGCGCCUAUCAGCUCCUGGCGUUAUUUGGAGACGCACAGAUCAUGUUAACCAUAAGUGGCUCCGAAGAUUACAACGUAAUAUUUCUUUCGCCACUUCUUUCCUCGUUCAUAGCGGGCGUUGAGAAAAGUAAAGCUCAAGAA